UUCUGAGUUAAAAGAGAGAAAACAAAGGUCAAAGGAAAGCAGUUGGCUGUUGCUGGAUGUUGUUAUAUUAGAGCAUGGUAUGGCAUAAGGGCAAUGAUUUUCGGUGAAGAAGAGAAACAAGAUCAGAAACUCGUGAUUAUCAGAAAUCUCUUUAAUUCUCUCUCUCUCUCUCUCUCUCUCUCUCUCUGUGCACCAUCUGGGAAAGAGAUGGUAGAAACAGAACUGAACCAGAAGCAGCAGGCAGCUCCAUACUUGCAACAAGAUUUUAUAUCGACGAGGAGUCGAUCAAAGGCAUUUUACGGGGUGGAAAAUAUCAAAGGAGAGGUGUUUAAGAGGACCCAGUUGGUGAAACGUUGUUUUGAGGCGUAAAGGAGGGGUUUUUUAGGUACUCAGUUGGAUUGCGAAAGGAUUAUAGGAGAAGGAGAUAAGAAGAACAAAUGGGUAGUUGUGGGAGAAGUGGGACUGUUCGGCAGUAUAUAAGGUCGAAGGUACCUCGCUUGAGAUGGACUCCUGAGCUGCAUCACUGCUUUGUUCAUGCUAUUGAAAGGCUUGGUGGUCAAGACAAAGCCACUCCUAAACUCGUUCUUCAGUUGAUGGAUGUGAAAGGACUCACCAUUUCACAUGUGAAGAGCCAUCUCCAGAUGUAUCGAAGCAUGAGGAGUGAUCUGGGCAAACAAGAUAGGAGCUCUACCCAUCAAAGAAGAAAAUCUUUUGAGGAGCAUGAUGGGUGUGUUAAUGAAGUAAAACCCAUUGAAGAAUCAGAUUCUCACUUCAACUACAGUACCAUCCCUUCAAAAAGACCAAGAAUCGAGACCAGGAGUUCAAUCUCUGAUCAGAACCUGCAAUGCAGCCAAGGAAUAUGUGAGACAGUCGCGAAUCCGUACUCGCUUGAUGAUUAUAUGGGAAUAAAAGAGGGUAAUGGUGGUGGUUUCAGAUGGAAGCAGACCCAUUCUAAGCCCAAAUCCACUGCCUUCUCUCUGCCACACGAUCUUUGUAGCCUCAACUCCUCCAAAUAUGCAGCGGAAGAAUCUGAUUUCCUCAAGAUUGCCAAGCUACAGCAAGGAGAGUGCAAACCAGCUGGACAAAUGUGGAAACCUGAUGCUACUAGAAGUGGAAGAACAGAAGAUGAAGAGGGUGGUGGCUGCUGCGAGUUAUCGUUAUCUCUCUCAUUGCCUAAUCCUUCAUCAUGUACCAGUGAGAUGAGCGAGGCGUUCUCAUCAUCCGUCUCUAGGUACACUUUCAAAGAUUGUUCUGGCUCUUCUUCAGGAAAACGUAAUAUCAACUUGGAUCUAUCCAUUGCUCUUUGUGGUAUCUAAAACCAAUGUAAAGAAAAUUCAUCUGUUUUGUAGAAGUUAUAUCUUUUUUUUACUCUUGAGAGGAAUAUUUCUUAGUUCAUUAAUUUUCGGUCCUCUUGAUUUUA